CUGGUUCAUUCCAUCCAAAGUUUUCCACCAGGGCCGUUAAACACAGCCCGUUUUAGUGGUGCGCCAUGUCGGCCUCCAAAUUGGAGAAGACCGUCGUGAAUUUGGAACGACGCCUCAGAGAGGAGUUCCAAUUGGAGAUCCAGCGACAAACGGCGCGGCUGUCAUCAAGGCUGCUGGCGCUGGAAGUGAAGCUGAAGGGUGAGAUCAAUGUGGACUUCGAGCCACAUGAGAAGGAAUCCGAGAUCCAUGAGAUCGUCGAGGAAUCUCUGGACGCGCCACAGGCCUGUGACAGACAGGUCAUCAGCCUGAGCCCUCGAAGUGGUCGAAGUGCCGCCCACGUGCUGCCCGAGCCGGCGAACGUGCUGCCGGUGCCCGUGCAGGACAGUUUGGUGAAGCCCGAACUUGAGCCCAAGGAUGGAGAGGAAGAUCCAGAGGAGCCAGUCUCCUUUAUGGAAACUGCGUGGAACCUGGUGCUGGUCCUAGGUCUCACGAGUUCCGGCUGGGUGGAUGUGACCAUCGCCUGUCUGCUGCUGCUGAGUAGCGCGGGGAUGCAGAUCACCUUCAGUGUCAUUCUGCUGGGCAAGGACUUCUUGGGGGAUGCCUUUCGAGAGCAGAUCGACAUCGCCAAGGAUUGGCGCAGGAGUGUGGCGCACGACCACAAACAUAUGGACCUGGCUCAGACCAGUCUGAUCUCGCGUGUCUGCAACGAAGAUGGCAAAUUGAUCUUGUCUACAGAUCAGGCAUCCCUUUUAUCUCAGAUCAACGCCUUCUUAGGUCUCGAGUCCAAUGACUUUGAACUCCCCUGGCUCCAACCUGGCAUUUUGCUCUGCAUGCUCUGCAUCCUCCUGUGGUGCCUGUAUUUGUGUCAGGAGCUUCGAGCGGUCUUCUUUUCCUUGGAGGCCGUGUCGUUUCUGCCGCGCGGGCGUUCCACCAUCCUGCAGAAUGGCCGUUUCCUGCAGAUGUCCUACAUUCGUUUCUAUGCCUACUGCCUCAUACGCUUAUCACGGCUGGCCAUAGCAGUUGCGCUGCUGUAUGCUGGUGUCUUGUGGUUGGCUGGUACAACUUCCAUUACGGACCUGAUUCUGAAUGCUGUGGCUCUUUCGGCGAUCCUCCAAGUGGACGAGAUGGUCUUCACAGCCUUGAUGCCCAAGAAGAUUCAGAUCAACAUCCAGGACCUGGAAGCCUUGAAGGUGAGGUAUAGCAACUUUCGAAGUCAAUUCGAGUCGGUGGUGCUCUUAGCUCUGACCUGCGGAUUCCUGCUUUGGCCGUAUUUCAGCCAUGUUGGGCCGUUGGCGGCAGACAUGCUAGAGGUCAAGAGACAGUACUGCUAUGGCAACCAAGACUUUGUUGUGGGUGCAAACGCCCAGCAGCAGGUGACGAUAGGUCUCAAGACCAAGCCGUUUCCAGUCACAGACACAGGGCUGCUGACCCAAUUCGCUGUGGAAGAUUUCAUUUGGAAGCCCAAAGGUUCAGAAUCGAACUACAUCAUGUUCCGGGAGACCAGCGGGAGCUUUCAAGAAUGGUUGGCGAUGCCCAUGAGCAGCUAUGCAUCCUUCGAUAGCAACUGCCGAGAUUGGAGCGAUUCGUUUCUGAACGACAAGCCUCUUCGGAGCUGGGAGGAGCCCUACCGGGCACAUUGGUACUCCACGUCUUUUUCGGUUUUCAUGGAUCAAAACAGCAGUUGCGCUGAUAUGAAGGACAAGUGUGAUGACUCCACAUCAGGGCUUCUCCGCUUCAUGUGCGGUGAGACCUGUGGCUGUACUUCGCCCUACAGCAAUCCUUGGUAUCGUGUAAUUCAACAUGGCUGCACUGGAGCGUGUAUCGAAGAAGCCAGAAACGUUGCUUCACUGGCAGUUUGUGAGGACAUGGAUAUGACAGCUUCGCCCUGGAAGGACAUUUGGGUGCAGUUCUGGACUCAGUACCGCCAAGUGAUCCAUUCCCAUGGGAUUGAUCUUGAUGGUGAUGAUUUCGGGUACAUGAACGGUAUGAUUGGAAACAUGACGGUGAUGGGAUGUGCAGGAUUGCAGGUGAUUCCUUGGGGCGAGGAUAUCGUCUUCAAUACCAAGUUUUGCGAAGGUGAACCAUCCGAAAAAAACUGGGGGAUGGUGGAAAGGGGGCUGGAAAUUCCACCCAUUUCUAUCCAUUUCUGCUGUGCUAAAUGGGGAUGGUUUGUCUGA